AUGGCGGGCCGUUUCCUCCUCUCCGGACUGCUGACCGCGGCUCUUGCGUCAAUCUCCGCUUCGGCCGCUCCUGUUAUCAAGAGGAACCCUUACAGCUUCGUUCUGGAGAACCCUUACGGCGAUGCUGUCUUUGAGCUUGGGAAUGUUUCUUAUCUGGCCAAUACCAAACACCCCAAGGCGAGUGCUGGCUGCUCAACCCCGGCCGGUUCUGCUACGUCGAUUCCCAUCACCGUCAUCAAGACACACGAGACGACCAUCACGAAGGAUGUCUUAGAAAGCGUGAUAUCGUCAUAUCUCGAUGGCGACGAUGUCUUCAGCCAUGAUUUCCUGGACGGACUGUACCUCUCUUCUGGCGUCAAGUCGACACUGGAUGCCUCCGCUGUCGACUAUCUUGCUUCUCUGAACACGAGCAUACUUUUCAUGGACGCCUCGGUGACUGCAGAGGCCUCGAUGAGCAAGAUGGUGCUCGAAUCAGCUAUCGACCUUCCAGCUGGACCAUACCUCGCAUCAGUCGAAGAUGGCUCCGUAAGCUUUGCGACUGUAUAUCGGCUCUACCCGGAUACCUACCGCACAUUCCUGUUCGGAGCCUACGAUGCGAAUGAUGGGCAGGAAAAUCACAACCCGCUCGGUGUUUUCCUGCCCAAGUUCUGGGACCCCAUGAUUCCUGUUCCUUCACGCAUAUACUAUUGGGGAGACGACAGGCCCUUGGCUGGAGAGCGCGUUGCAAUCAAAGAUCUGUACGAUGUCAAGGGCUUGCAAACUUCUGGUGGCAGUCAGGCAUGGGCUCGCAUCACGCCCGUUUCGAAUGGCACAGCGCCUUCAGUGCAGCAGAUCCUCGGUCUCGGAGGUGUUGUCGUUGGAAAGCAGAAACUCGCUCAAUUCGCUUCCGGUGCCAAUCCUUGGGAAUGGCAAGACGAGCACUACCCGUUCAACCCGAGAGGUGAUGGAUGGCUCACGUGCUCAGCUUCUUCUUCCGGUGGUGGCUGCUCCGUUGCUGCGUACGAUUGGCUUGACUACGCCAUAGGAAGCGACACCGGCUCCUCGAUGAGGCGACCGGCUGCAGUAGCCGGUGUAUAUGGACAACGUCCCAGUCAGGGCUUAAUAUCACUCGAGCGUGUCAUCCCGUUGGGUGCUGCAACCGAUACCGCAGGGGUCUUCUCUCGCGACCCCUACAAAUGGAUCAAAUUCAGCAAGUCUUGGUACACACCCAGCCUCUACCAGAACUCAUCCAUCACUGGUCUAUCACCGCUUUCCGUCCCAGACACAAACGCGUUCCCCAAGACCAUCCUCUACCCCACGGAUUACCUCCCGCUGAACAACUCCGCCGCAGAGCCAAUCUUACAAGACUUCAUUGCGAAUGUGUCCAGGAUCUUCAACAUGACCGUCAAGGAGUUCAACUUCACCGCCACAGUCCAGAACUUCUCUGACCCCAUUGCGAGCAACUUCACCAGGAUGGGGCAAGCGACUAGCGCAAUAAACGGAUGGUCUUCAUGGCAAGUCGUCGGGAAACCCCUGAUAACCGCUUGGGCCGCACUCUUCGACGGCCGCUUCCCGCCAAUCGAUCCCGCAAGACGCCUCGGCUGGUUCGCAUUCGACGAAUCGGAAACCAACCAAACCACCUACGACGCAGCACUCGUGACCAAGAACACGGCCGUCGAGUGGUACGAGAAGGAACUCCAAUACAGCACUCCCGAAUCGUGUUCAGAGUCUGUGAUGCUCUACGACAUCGGCACCGGCGGCUUACCUUCAUACCGUGAAAGAGAGAUCAACGACUCGCCUUAUGCUUCGUACCUAGCUGUCACACCACCGACGGCAAAGAUCACUGGCGCGGGCAUAUGUCCGAUAUUCGGGUGUGCGGAUUUCACGAUUCCGAUUGGUCAGGUGCCGUAUCGGAGUGAGGUUACGUUCCAUGAGGAGAUGGUGCCUGUAACCAUUAACAUGGUAGUAAAGAGGGGAUGCGACUUUGUGCUUUACAACAUGAUUGAGAAGUUGGCGGAUGAGGGUGUGCUGAAGACGGUCAAGACGGGGAGAACAGCUUAUUGA